AUGGUGUGUGUUUACAGCCCUGAUAAAGCUGAAAACUGUGGCUUCCGAACAAUCAGCAUGGUCACUUUCAGUGACCAAAAUAGAUGGCAAGAGGUAAAAGCACUGAUGAUGAAGACUUACAACAAGUAUAAAGACACCUUGUACGCAAACAGAGUGGAUGAUGGUGGCAGCUUUGAAAAAGGCUUGUCAUGUAACUUAUCUCUAUGUCCUGUAGAUUAUUGGUUCAACACCAUUGACCAUCCACAGAUUGCAGCGGAUGCCUUUGGUCGUGCUAUCGUAGCCUUUUCGAAAACAUCAGUCGAUGACACACCACAUAUACAAAGCAGUUUAUUCGUACCAUUUGUCACAAACCCUAUGAACAUGGCAGCUAUAAGUAUUUUCCUUUGCCACAGCCAUUUCUAUCUUAUACAAGCUGCAACAACUAAGACUGGAAGGCAAACAAAACUUCCACUUCCACUUAUCAACCCUUAUCACAAAGCAGCUAUAAAAAAAUUCGCAGCAAUAUACCCUAUAGAUUUCUCCAUUACGUAUUAAAAAUAAUUUAUAAAAAAUGAUUUGUUAAACAAAUAGAAUGCUAUUAUCUACUAACAGUUGUUAUCAACCAACAUGCGAUAGUGUGAAAUCUACAGCUCGCGCACCACUUGAGUGAUUUGCAACGUCAUUAUUUUGCAAAUUCACUGUUCGAACCAAAAACGUGAUGUCAUAUUUUGAA